AUGCCGACUGCAACUCCAAGCAGCUCCCGCCGCUCGCGCCCAACGCUCCGCCAUGCUACGUUUGUUCUCCCAAAAACAGGACAGCGCCUGAAAGGCCUCGUCAACCUCCGAAACUCCACGCCCGUCUCCGACGACACUGAUGAAAGACGCGGGCUUCUCACAAACGAGAUCCAACAUUACGAGGGGUACUUCGAAGCGCUCACGCGCCAUAUACAUGAUAGAUGGAUGCGUACAAUUCAGUUCAUUAGGUCGGAACCGGGCAUUGGAGUCUUGAAGUACAGUCUUGCGUAUUUGGUCGGAUCUCUUGCAACUUUUAUCCCCGCAGUCUCAGCCUUGCUGGGAAAUCAGGAUGGGAAACACAUGGUGGCUACGGUCACGGUCUACUUUCACCCUGCCAGAUCUAAGGGUGGGAUGUUCAAGGCCUUGAUCUGCGCGUUCCUGGCGUUCUGCUAUUCUGCCUUCUUGACUAUUACCAGCAUGUUCGUGGAGAUGUUUUUCCAGGACACAUUGGAAUCACCUGCCCUUGGCCAUGCUGUAGUUCUGAUAGUAUUUUGUGGCGGUGGGCUUGGCUUCGUCGGUUGGACCAAGCAACGACUGGGAGAUCCUCUAGUGAACGUUGCCUGUUCACUCACUGCUCUGUCAACAAUCACUGUCUUAACUAAGGAAGGUGCUGUGCAAAGCGGCGACUUGUCUCUUGUCAAGAUCUUCCAAGUCUUGAAGAUGGUCCUGAUGGGGGUGGUGGCCGUCAUGCUUGUAUCUUUUUUCGUCUUCCCCAUAUCAGCGCGCAAAAAGCUGCGCUCGAACCUUGCCACAGUCACUGAUACAAUGGCUAUUAUGAUGGCACUUAUCACGGAAAGCUUCUUGAGCGGAACCGAGGAUGUGCUUGUCUCGGGUGAAUUCGUUGAUGCAGAGGCGAGGCACCGCAAGGCCUAUAGCCAGCUCGACAAGCUCGUCCGAGAAGCUAAACUUGAGCACUAUGUAGCAGGCACCGAGAAAGAGUACAGGCUCGAAAAGAACCUUGUACGCUGGGUGCAAGAUAUUACCCAUAACAUGGGAGGCCUGCGUAAUGCAGCUGCUCUCCAGUUCAGCUUGAUUCGUGAAACUAUUGCCCGUGAGUCUAGCUAUUUGGAAGAUCAACGGGGUAGCUCGACCCAUGUGGACUAUUUCACGCCCCUUGAGCGAUCCUGGUCAUUCCCGGAUGGGUCCGUUCUGGAGCCUAUCGUUGAGCGACCAGAGGAAGAACUAUCUCCAGGCGGCUCUAUACGUUCCCCCAAACUUGGAAGUGGUCAAUCAACCCCCAGACCCGCACUUCUACCGGCAGAUGUCUUCACUAUCUUCAUUUCCCAUUUAGGUCCGUCAAUGCGAUCGUUGGCUUUUGCAUUGAAGGAAAUCUUCAAGGAAAUUCCAUUUGGGCCUGCACCGAACUACAAAGUCUCAGUGGAUGGCCGACUACGAAUAAGUCUUGACCGGGCGCUUGAUCUUUACAAGGACUCGCGCAAGAAGACACUUGCAUCCUUGUAUCAACAAAAGGAAACCAUGAAAUUGAAAACCCGCGAAGCUGAAGCGGAUCUCGAGGAAGUCUCAGCCAGCUGUAGUCAUUUCAGCUUUUCCCUCCUCGAAUUUGGAGACCAGCUCAAAGAGAUGCUUUCCAUUUUAGAUGAGCUGCAGUUGGAAGUCGAAGAGCGGCCUAGUGGGCGAACCUGGUCAUGGCUCAAAGUCUGGCAGUGGUCGAGGACUACAGAGACCGCUAAAAUAGCCUCCUUUGAUGCUGAUGCAGCUUCCAGACCUUUGAAUCCGCUCGCUAGUGAGCAAGAUCUCCAUAGGCAUGCUAGACAUGCAUCAGAUGGCUUGAUCGCACAUGAUAGGCUGCUUGUCAAUAUUCACACACAAAAAGGCCCUUCAGCAAAGGAAACAACAAAGCAAAGACUUGGCUACCGUUUAUGGAAAUGGCUUGGGUUCUUCCGACGAGAUGAUACGAAAUACGCGAUCAAGGUUGGGGCAGGAGCUGCAAUAUAUGCUCUACCUGCUUUCCUUCCUUCAACUCGCCCGUUUUACGGACAUUGGCGAGGAGAAUGGGGUCUGUUGUCCUACAUGCUGGUUUGUUCAAUGACUAUUGGGGCCUCGAACACGACAGGAUAUGCCCGAUUUCUCGGUACUUGUUUGGGGGCAGUCGCUGCUAUCGUCGCAUGGAACAUUACCGCUGGAAAUGUAUAUGCUCUUGCAUUCUUGGGAUGGAUAAUGGCUGUCUGGACUGGAUAUAUAACCAUUGUUCGUGGAAAUGGGCCUAUGGGCCGGUUUAUCAUGCUCACUUACAACCUCUCCGUACUAUACGGCUAUUCCCUCUCUCAAAAGGCGGCAAAUCUCGAUGAAGACGAAGGCGGCUCUAAUCCAAUCAUGACCGAGAUUGCACUUCAUCGAGUUGUUGCUGUGUUGUCUGGAUGCAUUUGGGGAGUCAUCAUCACUCGGGUGGUUUGGCCUGUCAGCGCAAGAAGUAGACUCAAGGAGAGUCUGAGUCUUCUCUGGCUGCAUCUGAGCCUUGUCUGGAAGCGUGACCCCCUAUCUAUUAUGGCCAAAGAUACAAGGUCUAUUUUAUACAUGACACCCCGAGAGAAGCUUGAGAUUGAAAGAUUUUUAUCUCGGUUGGAGUCUCUUCAGGCUGCGGCAGGCUCCGAAUUUGAAUUGAAGAGUGCAUUCCCUGAAGCCUCUUAUGCCAACAUUGUUCGCCGUACACGCAACAUGGUGAAUUCUUUCCAUACUAUGAACAUCGAGCUGAUGAAGAAUGAUGUGGCCACUGAAGGUGAAAUCAACCUUCUGCAAUACACCAAAUUGGAACGGCAACAGCUAUCGGCUCGUGUGAGCCAUCUAUUAACAGUGAUUGCUUCGUCAAUGAAACUCGAGUACCCUUUGAGUGAUGUGCUUCCUAGCAUUGAGCAUGCCAGAGACCGGUUGCUUGCUCGCAUCUAUCGCUAUCGCCUAGAUCGUGAAGCAUCUCAACAGACCACAGACGAAGACUGUGCUUUGCUUUAUGCCUAUAUUUUGGUGACGGGCCAAUUAUCGAAUGAGAUCACGGAGAUCAUUGCGGAGAUCGGACAACUCUUUGGGCACCUAAAAUUUCAAUUGCUGUAG